AGGAGGCUUACGCUAAUCACGUGACUCACGACCAAAACGCAGAACCGAACCUGGUCAACAAUUGUGCUAGAAGGUGUCUGAAGCCUUUAAACUUUAUCACCCUCCACUCAGCAGCAACCUAAAUUGCACCAAGCCAUCGUUCACCUGUCCGGUAGACAGGCCGUCUCAAUGCAUCACAGAGGACCGACAACACCGAGGCUGCCAUGGAUGUGUACGAUUUGUUUAGUAGUUGCAGGAAGGGUGACAUUUGUAGAGUCAGAUACCUUGUUGAGCAAAGAGAUGUGGACCUCAAUGUGAGAGAUAAAUGGGACAGCACCCCUCUCUAUUAUGCCUGUCUCUGUGGUCAUGAGGAGCUGGUCCAGUACCUGUUGGCUAGUGGCGCCAAGUGUGAAGCCAACACGUUUGAUGGUGAGAGGUGUGUCUACGGCUCUCUGAGUGACUCGAUACGACGCCUGCUGAAAGACUAUAAGUGUGUCAGCGUCCGAGCCAUGCAGAGGAAUGACUUUAACUACUUUCUGCACAUGUUACUGGAGCAGGGUCAGCACAGCGACGUCAAGUUCCAGGUUCAUGGACAAACAUUUCCAGCCCACCGAUGUGUCCUCAGUGCCCGCUCAGAGUAUUUUACAGAAAUGUUUGAGACCAAGUGGAAUGGGAAGAGCCUGAUCACACUCAAGCACCCUCUGAUAAAUCCUGCAGCCUUUGGAGCAAUUCUGCAAUAUUUUUAUACUGGACGAAUGGAUAUUGACAUAAAUCUGGUGGAGGACAGCAGGCGACUCGCUAAGCAGUGUAAAAUGACAGAUCUAAUAGAAGAGCUGGAGAAUAAAUGUAAACAGGUCUAUGACUUUGUGUCAUCCAAGCCAGGCACCUAUGUGCAUGUUCUCAGCCUGGAGCCUCACACGUGUCAACUCCAGGAGGAGAUGGCUCAGUUAGCGGACAGCGCCUUACCCACUGAACUACAAGUAGGAUUUGGUGAGCUUCCUUUCAACAGAGUCAACCGUUUCCCAACUUAUCCUGAUAUCUGCUUCAGAGUGGAGGGUUAUGAUUUCUUGUGUCAUAAGGCCUUUUUCUGUGGACGCAGUGAUUAUUUUAAAGCCUUACUGGAGGAUCACUUCAGCGAGGGAGAGCAGCUGCAGUCCCAGCCCAGCACCCCCAUGCUUACGUUACACAACAUCCCCCAUGAAAUCUUCAUCCACAUCAUGUACUACAUCUACACGGACGACACGGAGCUGAGGAUGGAGGACGUGUUUGAUGUUCUGUGCGUAGCUGACAUGUACCUGCUGCCGGGGUUGAAGCGUCUCUGUGGGAAGACACUCGCGAAGACAAUAUGCGAGGAAAACGUCCUGCACAUGUGGAAGACGGCCAAGCUUUUCCGUCUCUCUCGGCUGGAAGAUCAAUGCACAGAGUUCAUGGCCAAGAUCAUUGAGCGGCUGGUGGAGCAGGCUGAGUUUGCGGAGAUCAUCAAGGAGGAUGCUGCAUCGCUGGAGGAGCGACAGGAGACGGACUCCGUCCCUCUGGUGGACGACAUCCGCUACCACAUUGCCAGCAACGUGCAGACGUACAGUGCGAUCGAAGAGGCCAAUCAGAAGCUGGAGGCCUUGGAGGAGCUGCUUUCUAGCAUUAAUAUUGACUGCUGAAUGGAGUUAUUGUGUGUCAGAUGUAGAUUGCUUAAUUGUACUCUGAAAACAUGAAAUGGAAAUACAUAAACACUUGUAUGUUUGUUCAUUCCAACUUCAGCGUAUCACAGAUCUGAAAGGAGCUUGUGUCAUACUCAGAAGUUACUAAUCCGACUGAUAGUUCAGAACCUCCUAAUAGCGGAUUUACUAAAUGUUUCAAAAUAAUAUUGAGUUGAAGUGAAUCUGCUGAUCAAAGUCUACAAAAUGGGUUGUGAAUAUGUUGUGUUUUACAUUUAUACAACAGUUUGCAGCAAACAUGCAUGGAUUACAUUUGUUUUUGCCACCAGAUGUGUCAGAUUGGGUUUGACACGACAGUUUUACCUGAAGCAGAGGGCGGAGGCGGCAGAGUGACCUCGGCUCGGACGAUCGAGGAGAGAUUCAAAGCUGAGUGAAUGUUUGUUUUCAACUUUUUACACAGCAUCACUUUUGCAUCAGAUGUUUAUUUAAAGUGAAAACUGUGUAACUGAUGCAAUAGUUAAGUGGUAUAAAAAAUAAAAAAUAUGAUCCACUCCAUUACCUCCACCUAAAAGACUGAUGUACAUUUUAGCUGUUUUUGAUGGUGGAAAUCUUCUAAUCUUGACUCCCAAUAGGAACUUUUCCCUGAUUCUCCCGACUGAAGGUGCUCUGACUGACAUUUACUGCCAGUUAAAUAUCAAAAGCUCUACUUCACUUCCUAAAAUAUCAACCUGAAUGUGUCAAUUGGAAAUGUGGUUUUGCAACAUGUUCAUAACAUGUGAAACUUCUUUGAAUUUCCUUUUUUAUAUAUACAAAAAGAACAGAGACAAUGCCACGUUCUAGAAAACAAAAUGAAAACUGUUUAAAAUAAUAAAAUGUCCCGUUAUUUGUUAAGAGGAAAUAUUUUAUGUAUAAAUUUCUUAUUUUGAUGUUACUUUUCCAGCUCCUGUUCACCUCGCCCUGUCUUCUGUGUUGAUAUUUACUUUCAGCCCCCUUGAACACUCACGCACUUUAACUUCAGAUGAAUUCACUUUGCAGCAAAUCCCCUUUGCCUUAUUGUGUGUAACCUAAAACCUGGUUCUGCAUAGCGUUGGCCUUUGACCUCCUGCUUGUAUGAAAACUAUGUGACUGUCGCACCAAUAAAACAUGGCACAAAGCAAAAA